AGGCUGUGAUAACGACAGAUGUCUCACAAACCGUGGGUUUAACAGGAGGGGUGAAAAGAGAAAAAACGCCCAGUCGCAGAUUGGACCUCAGGGAGAGAGAAGGACCGUCUCGAACUGAGCCACAUUCACUACUACAGGAGAAAGGAAAGUACGUUCAACGCGCGGAUUUUCACAGAAGCAGAGAAGCAGAACAUCAUGGGAGGCAAGCUAAGCAAACGGAAGAAGGGAUACGAUGUCAGUGACCCUAAAGAGAAGAAAGAGGAGAGUGCUGUGGCAGCAGUUGAACCAGCUGAGAAAAAGGCAGAGACCCCUGUGACAGAGUCGGAGGCUGCACCGCAGGAGGCUGCUGAAGUAAGUGCAGCAGCAAAAGUUGUGGAGUCUGAAGCAUCAACCGAGAAGCCCAGCUCCCCUUCAGCAACGCAAGCAGAGGUGAAGAAGGAUGAUGCUGCUCCAGAAAUACCAGUGGCUACAACAGAGGCAUCUACCGCUGCAUCUAAGGAACCAGAAAGUGCUCCAGAGAAACCAGCAGCUGUACCAGAGUCACAAGCAGCAGAGGUACCAGCAUCUGCAUCAGAGCCAACAGAAGUAGAGGCACCAGCAGCAGAAGCACCAGCAGCUGCAGUAGAAACACAAACAGCGGCACCAGAGGUAUCUUCACCAAAGGAAGCUGCCGAUGCACCAGAAGUACCAGCAGCAAAGGACCCUUCAGCUGCAACCAAGGAAGCUGCCAAUGCACCAGAAGUAUCAGCAGCAAAGGACCCUUCAGCUGCAACCAAGGAACCUGUAACAAAAGAACCUGAAGCUACAGUCGAGGAACCAGUGAUAAAGGAACCUGAAGCUACACCUGAUGUACCAGUGAUAAAGGAACCUGAAACUACACCCGAAGAACCAGUGACAAAGGAACCUGAAGCUACAUUCAAGGAACCAGAAACAAAGGAACCUGAAGCUACACCAGCUGCAGAGGAACCUGAAGCUACACCUCAGGAACUAGAAUCUGCACCAGAGGCACCAGUGACAGAGAAACCUAUGGAUGCAACAGAAGAACCAGCUGCUGCACCAGAGACACCAGUAACAGAGGAACCUGUAACACUAUCUGAGAAACCAGCAGCUGUACCUGAGGAGCAUGCAACUGCCCCAGAGGAACCUGCACUCGAGGAACCUGCACCUGUGCUAGAAGAACCUGUAUCGUCGCCAAAACUUGAAGCCUCACCAGUGAAACCUGUCACAGAGGAGGUGGUAGAAAAAGUGGUUGAGGAAGCUGCAAAUACCUGUCUGGUGUCCACUGAAAUUACAGAAACCAUCGCUGUCACGCCAGAAUCAGAGACUGUUACUGAGGCAGCGGCUCCAGAGCCAGUCGCAGUGUCUGCCCCAGUGCCUGAACCUGUUUCCGAAGCAUUGAGUGCAGAAGAGGUCGAAGUGGCUGUGCCUUCCCCAGAGGAACACACACCAGCCACAGAGCCUGAAUCUGAAACUGCUGCACCCCCCGAGGUUACACAAACACAAGCAAAUCCUGAGCCAUCCCCAGAGCCAACACAACCCGAACCUGUGGCAGAACAGAAGAGUGCAGAGGAGUCCAUUCCCUCAAUCGUCAUCUUAGAAUCAACCUCAUCCAAUGAGCUCUGCCUCGAAGAACCUGCCUCGGCUGUCACAGAUCUGAAGCUGAAUAACGGAGACUGCGAGAGUGCUGGCUCAGCAGAGAAAUCUGUGUCGGCUCCCCCUGAGGUAAAUGGAGAAUGCCAUGAGCGGGCACCAGACGUAGCCCCUGCGGAUGUCCUUGAGUCCCCGGUUGAAGCAUGUGUAAAUGGUGUGAAGGACAAAGAACCCCCUCAAGAGCUAAGUGACUGUGAACUGAAAAAGGACUUGAGUUUGGCUGCUGACUUUCAGGCUCCAGCUCCGAUUGGUGACAUGGUAGAAGUGCCACAGUGAGUCGGCUGAGCUGUCGACUUCAUCUGAGAAACAAACCUUAAAUGUGAAUCCCAUACUGAUGCAAACAAACAAAUGAAACAAUCGUCUGGCAACACAGGCUCUCUGAAAAUAAAUGUGAAAAAUGUCUGUUGUGUUCUCUCAGGCAAAGGAAUUUCUGGUUAACCAAAAAGAAAUACAACCACCCAAGAGCUAGGAGUGUGAGAAACAAAGAAUGAAACAGUGAGGGUAAAAGCCUAAAAGGAAAGGGGAGGGAAAGAAUGAGGGAGCUGGAGAGAAAGAGAGUGGAAGGUCUUUGAAGUCUUUGUGGUCGAUGUCCUGCUGUCAUUGCAGAGAGUGAGCUUACAGGCCUGGUUGAAUAUGUAAGCCAGAGAAAUGAUGAUUAGACAUGAGCAGAAUUUUUAAUUAUUAUGAUGGCAGAACAGAAACGCUGGACAUUAACAAUGGUAAAAGAUGAAUUGAAUGAACAGAAUGAUCUUUUGUGUGCGAGACUGAUCCAUACUGAAAUGGUUUAUUGGAUUAGCAUUUAAUAGUAUAUAAUCUAAUUUAGACCACAUUUCUGUCACCAUGUAAUACGGAGAUUUGAGGAUGAAGCAUUUUGAACUUUUCAUGUUGGGAGAAUCAGUGGGGAAUGUUCAUUUUAACUUAAUGGCUUGGCUUAGAAAAUAAAACACUCUGUUAUACCUUAAAAA